AUGCCCUUCACCUGGCGCCGCCCCUUCCACCGCCAUGCCCAUGGCCCGGACGAGGGCCAGCAGGCCAGCGGCCUCGCGCGGGUCGACAGCGCCGAGGUGACGGACGGCAGCCUGCAGUACACGCUGGAGAAGGGCGGCAACGACUCGGUGCCGUCGUACCAGGAGGCGUCGGGCGCGCCGGUCGAGCGCGACUCGCCGCUCGGCUACGACGUCGGCGCCGUGACCAUCAUUUUUCUCAAUGUCAGCAAGAUGAUUGGUACUGGCGUGUAUUCGACGCCGUCGGCCAUUUUCCAGGGCACCGGCUCCGUCGGGCUGGCCAUGAUCUACUGGGCGCUCGGCUUCUUCACGUCGAUUGCCAGCCUGUCGGUGUACUUGGAAUAUGCGUCCUACUUCCCCAACCGGUCCGGGUCCGAGGUCGUGUACCUGGAGCAGGCCUACCCGCGGCCCAAGUGGCUUCUCUCGACGACGUUUGCGUUCUUGACGGUGCUGCUGUCGUUCAGCAGCAGCAAUGCCAUCGUGUUGGCGCAGUAUCUGUUCCGCAUUGGCGAGCAUACCCCGACGGACUGGGAGUUGAAAGGGGUAGCCAUUGCCGGCUUUACCGUGGCCAUCUUGCUUGUGUCCUUCCACACGCGCUUCUCGUACUGGGUCUCCAACGGCAUCGGCAUCAUCAAGGUGCUGACGUUGAUCUUCGUCUCCAUCACCGGCCUCGUCGUGCUCGGCGGCAACGUCUCGCGCAUCCCGGAGCCGCGCGCCAACUUCGUCGACGCGUUCGAGGGCCAUGCUACGCCGUAUGGCCUGACCAACGCGCUGUACCGCAUCAUCUUCUCUUACGCCGGCUACGAAAACGCCUUCAAUGUCGUGAACGAGGUCAAGAACCCGAUCAAGCAGCUCCGGCGGAACGCCUUCAUCGCUCUCAGCAUCGUGACCGUGCUCUACAUCUUGGCCAACAUCGCGUAUUUCGCCGCCAUCCCGAAAGCCGACCUUGCCGCGUCGAAGCAGAUCGCCGCGUCGCUCUUCUUCACGCGCGUCUUCGGCGAGAGCAACGCCAUCCGCGGCCUCAACUUCCUGAUCGCCCUCAGCGCGUUCGGCAACAUCGUCGCCGUCGCGCUCGGCAGCUCGCGCAUGAUCCGCGAGUGCGGCCGCCAAGGCGUCAUCCCCUUCCCGCGCUUCUGGGCGUCCACACGCCCCUUCGGCACGCCCCUGGGCCCGUACGCAUUCAAAUACGCGCUGACGGUCCUAAUGAUCCUCGCGCCGCCGGCGGGCGACGCCUUCAACUUCAUCAGCGACCUGUACAUCUACCCGACCUCCCUCUUCAACGUGCUGUUGGCGGCCGGCCUGUACGCGGUGCGGUACCGGCGCCGGCGGCUGGGCCUGCCGCGGCCCGAGUUCCGCGCCUGGGACCCCGUCAUCAUCUUCAACCUGCUCGUCUACCUCUACCUGCUCGUCAUGCCGUGGUACCCGCCCGCGGGCGGCGCCUACGCCGGCGACGUGAGCUUCUGGUACGGCACGUACGUCGUCACGGGCAUCGGGCUCCUCAUCAGCUGCGUAAUCUACUACUACGUCUGGCUGCACCUCGUCCCGCGCAUCCGCGGCUACCGCAUCCGGCAGGAGGCGAUCGAGUUCGGGGGCGGCGCGCUCAGCCACCGGCUGGUCAAGGUCCCGGCGGACGAGGUGGCGCAGUGGGACGCGACGCACGACGCCGUCGGGCGGCUGGUCGGCGGCGCCACCGCGACCGGGCGGAGCAGCUACCCAGGCUCCUCUGGGAACGACGCCGAUGGCGAGAAGGUCGGGGCCACGGUUCGGACCGCGCGAGUGGCGGAUCCGGAGAAGUGA